AUGAGUUCACCGAAAAGAUCACCACGAACAUCAAAAGAAGUUGUUGAAACAUUAUCAUCUCCACAAGAAAUUGAAUUACGUGAAGUGAAUCAACCAUUGUUACCUUCAAAUAAUGAAAUUACACGACCAACUGAACAGUAUGAUGAAACAUCACCAUUUCCAUUAAAUUUGGAUGAUUAUGGAAUUGAACAACCUACUGUUGAAUUUCGUCCAACAACAGAAAAUGAAACUGAUCUUCGACAGCGGCCUCGUCGUUCCGCUUCAUCCAAUCGAUCACCUUCACGUCGAAAUGGUGGUUUAGGACAAAUAGCACGUGACUUUUGGGCUGAUUUAAUGCCUGCUGAUAAUCCUAGUGCAAGAAGAUUACCAAUAAUAAUUUUUAUUAUUUUUCUUGUAAUUAUAUUUCUGAUAAUUCUAUUCGUAGUACUUGGCUACACGAGUGUUGAAUAUGAUGAAUUUGGUGUAACACAUAAUUUAUGGACAGGUGUUAUGGAUUUAAAACAUCCAUAUUCAACUGGAGUUUAUUUAAUAUUGCCAUGGAAAAAAAUGAUUAAAUUCGAUAAAACAGCUCGAUAUCUCAUCUUUGAUGAUUUGACAAUUUUUACUACUGAUCAAGCUAGUGUGAUUUUAGAUGCUACAAUAGUCUAUCGAAUAAGACCAGAUCAAAUCGAACCAAUAUGGUUAAAUUUUGCUAAUGAGCAUGAACAUGUUCUUCGUCUUAUUACUGAAAAUAUUUUUCGUAAUCAUGGUAAUCAAUUUUCUAUCUAUGAUUAUCGUGCACGUCGAGAACAUGUUGAAUAUCGUUUAUCACGUAUGUUACAACAAACAUUAUCAGGUGAUUGUUGUCCAAUAUGUUGCCAACAUCAAACAUGUUCAAAAACAAUUGAAUAUUCAUGUACAAGAUUAAUUCAUUGUAAUAAUUCAGCAACUCCAUGUUCAGGUGGUUAUUUUGUUGAUAUUGAUGCUGUUUAUAUAUUUAAAGUUGCAUUACCAAAACAAAUAAUAAAACGUCUUUAUACAUUAAUGCUUAAACCAAUUUAUACUGAAAUAGCUGAAAGUCAAGAAAAUGCUUCAUUAGUUUGGAUUGAAACAGAACGACAACGAAAUGUAUUCUUAAAUAAAGCACGUGAAACAUUAAUGAGUGCAUUAGCUAAAAAUGAAUUAGUACGUGAAAAAGCACGAAUUACUUAUGAAAGUCUUCUAGUUAAACAAUUAAGUUCAUCUGAACAAGAUUUAUGUCGUCAAUUAAAUAUUGAAACAACAGCUGAUAAAUUAUCAACAUCAUUCCUACUUGAAAUGAAUCAUUUAGCUAAUUUAACACAAACAGUUAAUAUUGAUAGUUUAGUUACACAAUAUGAGCAAACGACAAAGACAAAACCAAUAAAUGACUUAUUUGACUUUGUUCCUUCAUCAAACGUUUUUGACAUGACUGAAUUUAUUUCUAUACUUGAAAAUUAA